CUUAUAGGGCAAGUAGCGUACCACUUAUUCAAGGGUAUGUUACGUGCUAAUCCCACUAAUCGACUUGGCCGACCCAAUUCAACCCACUUAAUUCCAGCAAUGAGGUUGGUGAACUCGCGGGAAGUUACUUACUAUGAACAUACCUACGUAGUUAGGUCGCUUUGAGUCGGACUUGAGUAUUGAUCUUAGAUAUAUACCCGAUUAGAAGGAUUAUCUUGCAGCUUCAAUGGAAUAUCAAGAUCCACAAGUCCAUUUGCACAGCGCCUAUGAUAACGUCUAGCAGAGCGCCUCUCAUCUUUAGCGUUUGUACCGCGGCUUAAUACAGAAUGUAAGACGGAUGCCCGGGAUCUAGUGGGCGCAGUAUUGGGAUAUUCACUCGUUAGCUCGUUAGGGCCUUCAUGUCUUCGGCUUCGUUUAACAUCGCCGGUUUGGCGAUUUAAGUGUGAGAUAUCAAAAGAAUAUAGACCUUCUCGUCACCUUCAUUCGGCGCUCGGAGCUCGGACUCGGUAUUGACCGUUCAGUGGCCUACGUCAGGGGCGCCCUACGCUUCACCAGAUUCGUUCGAUUAGUGGACUAAGUAUUCGCCAUAGCGCAUGAUAAUUGAUUAAUAUAGGUACUUCAUAGCCCUAUCUAUUAACCAAGUGUCCCUAUAGUACCCCCAAAAUUUUCACCUUAGCUAUUCACGAUCUACCCCACCUACACAGUUUCGCGGACACAGUAUCGCGAUCGUAAACAAUGACAGAACCCCAGAAGUGGCCAUACUAUAAGUUCCACGACGAAACGCGAGAUGCGAAAGGUCGAACCACAGUUUAUACCGUCUUAAUCGACUCGGACGAAGGUCGUACAUACGAGAAGCUCCGAACCGAUACCGAACGCUUAGAGUAUAUACAGAAGCACGCCCACGACAGUUGGAAAUGUGUCCAGCCGGACUGUGCUUUUUUUGAAGAUAAUGAAGUUGGAAAGAGAUAUGUCAUCAACAUAAACAGUCCCGAAUAUGAAGGCUUAGAGAAGUUACUUCAAGAGGAUGGUAGUAGUCCCCCUUUGGGUACGAAGGAGUGGGAUGAAAUGAUUCAAUAUUAUAAGGAUCAUGCGACGACCGUUGAGGACGCACCUAUAAGUUCUUGCGACCUAUAAACGGACUAUAGCCUUUUCUCAUACUAUUCCUGCCCGAGUCAAUGAUUAUAAGCCCCUAAACGACCAUCAUCGAAGUCUGUGAAUUCCUCGGCAGAGACGUCAAAAACACCUAUAUCGUACCGAUUUGGAGCAACAAAUCCUCCAACAGACAUGUCAAAUUCAUCCGAACCAUAGCUGACCCAGUUUGUUUGCUCUCCAGAAAAAUCAGGGAUACCCAAGUCAUAGUUAUCCCAGUUGAUGGUGUUCUCGGGGGAUUGAGUUGCCUUUAAACUACUAGGCGUCCCCAAAUCAUCGAGCAUUUCCAGGUCUUCCUUCGGCAAGGAAUUCAGAUGAUCUUGAAUUAGAUCGGUGGUGGGAUAAUGCCCGUUU